UGACUCCUGUUGCUGUCUCAUGCAGUCAGUCGCGGCACCUCGCCAGUGAGAAUAACCUGUGAAUCACUCGUCAAAUCAUGAAGGUCUCUUGUCAGUUUAUGCGUAUAAGAGUAGCUACCGGUAACUACUUAUAAUUACACUGAAACCAUAUAUUGACCACCAAGGUUUUUGCAUCUUAUCAAGAUUUAAUGUUUAAAGGGAGUAUAGACCAUGAGGUUCAGGGUGCACUGACACCAGUGAGAGUGUCCUCUCACCAAGACUGAGACACUCCCCGCCGUAUUGAUCGAGCCAGCGCUGACUCCUGUUGCUGCUGAUUCAGUCAGUCGCGGCACCUCGCCAGGAUAACCUGUAAAUCACUUUUGCUAUCGGAUUUACCUAUACAUGGAUAAUCGUAUGCCAUGUUUGCAUGAGGGGAGGUAUAAUAAGAAGGAAAUAUUGCUUCGAAUUUGCUGUGAUUAACGUUAGGUGGAUUAUGAAUUCGAAUUAAAGUGGUCAUUUUAUGGGAUUUCAUGGCUACCUUGGCUAGGCCGCAGUUUUUACAGUCACAUCUGACAUGGAAUUGAUGGAAACAGACGCCAUGUUUUUACUACGUCGUUUGAUUGGUGCCGACAGUGUUCAGACCCGUAUACCUGGAGGACCGAGGAAGCUGGUCCGAAAGUUUGGGAAGAAAGGACCUGCGAAGGGUCAAUUUAACAUGGUGUGUGGGGUCACCUUUACUAAAACAGGUGACAUCAUUGUCGCAGACACUGAGAACCAUCGGAUACAAAUAUUCACGGACGACGGCCUGUUCAAAUUAAAAUUCGGCCAGAAGGGACCCGAUCAGGAUAAACUGAAUUACCCGAUGUGCGUUGUUAUGACUCCCGAUGAAAACAUUGCAGUCACGGACACAGUUAACGCGAGAUUGAAAAUAUUCAGUCAAGAAGGCGAGUUUGUGCGAGAACAUGGCGACGAUGGCGUUUUCGAUUUUCCGUAUGGACUGGCCAUGUCUUCAGACGGCUGGUUCGUCGUCACGGACAUCUGUAAACAUAAUGUGACGGUUUUGAAUCCCGAGGGUGGUGUCUAUACUCAGUUUGGCUCCUACGGCGAUGGACCAUUGGAGUUCGACCACCCAUACUAUGUAGCUAUCGAUAAAAAUAAGCAAAUUAUCGUGUCCGACAAUGGGAACACAUGUGUAAAGUUUUUCACAUUUGAUGGCCAACCUAUCCAAACAUUCAACAUGGCGGAUUUUAAAUUGCACGAAGAGCACUUUAUUUCUCUCCAGGGUCUAUGCAUAGACUCUGAUAACAAUAUAAUCAUCAUUGGAAACAAUACAGUGUAUAUCCUUGCCAUAAAUGGCCGGUUCUGGGAGAUUAUCCUACCGAGGGAAGGUGUAACUUCCCCAAAGUGUAUCGCGUUUUCACCUUCUGGUUAUCUAGUGCUGACUCAAUCGAAUCUCGGACAGGCUCACGAGGUGCUAGUAUUCAAUUACAACAUGGCGGAUUUUCGAUCGCUACACAUGCUCCCUCUAUCUGUGAUGUCAGCAAGCUCAACGAGCGGAAACGGAAACUCGUCAUCAUAGCGAUAUUGUAUAAUGAUGAAUACGCCAUCACAGGAUUAAGGUAUGCCCAUGGCGUACCCAUCACACACAGAUGCAUACCCAACAAAACAAAAAAUGAUUUUAUUCUUAAUAUCAACAGUUAAUUAACUGCUGUUAUGAUUCGCCAAAAAGAUUUCCUGUCUGUAGGUAAUAUAUAACUGCCUUAGCUUCGUAGAUUAGUCCUUCGAAAUGUAGAUUUAAUAGUAUUUAUGGUGUGGAACGGGAGGGAGUCAGACGUCGACAGUAAACCGUAUCACAACAGGGAUGUUCAUUAACAUAGCCGUUAGAUCCUGUAAAUAAUGUACCAAUACAUGUAUAUUGUAAAGAAAAAAGCUUUAUUUUGUUGAAUAUUAUCACAACGUAUACCUAAUUCAGAAUGAUACAGUGCGUAUACUGUGUUCUGGAUCCAGGCAUAGGCUUUUGUGUAGAGCCGGUCAAUAGAACAUCUGUUGAGCCCAGUCCAUAACACAAAAUACGCCUUAUUUUCUGAAUUAGGACGUUAAACAGUCGUGUGAUUACGAACUUGCCAUUGUUUUAGCUUAGAUACUGAUUUUGAAUUCAAUUUUA